GUUAAUAGUGUGCAGAGAUGUCUAUCAUUAAAAUGGUUUUAGUUGUCCGAAUGGACAUAGGAAUGGGCCAAGGCAAAAUUGCAUCGCAAUGUGCUCAUGCCGCAGUUGAAUGUUUUACAAAAGCUAGAAGAGGAUUUCUUAGUUAUUUUACUGCUAGGGCAUGGCUUAUGAUGGGUCAGCCUAAGAUUGUUUUGAAAGUUCAAACUGAAAAAGAAUUUUUACGCCUUUAUGAAACAGCACAAAAGUCUGGACUCGUCACUGCUGCCAUUAGAGAUGCUGGAAGAACGCAGUUAAAACCUGGCACAAUUACUGUAUUGGGUAUUGGUCCUGGUGCAACAGAAAAGAUUGAUGAGAUUACUUCUCACUUAAGGUUGCUUUAGAUAUCUUGAAUGUUGAUUAUAUCAAUUGUAAAAGUAUAAGCCAAAGUUUUUUUGUAUAAAAAGAAGUUACAUCAAAAA